CGUUUCGUCAGAUUAUUGGUUAGUUUGAUCGUCUGCAGUGCUGUCAAUAUUGUGUGUGUAAACAAUUGCUGAACUGGAGCAAAAAAAGCUUAACUAAUCUUCCUAUUUGACAGAAGCACUUAUAAAAUUAGUACCGGUUCUCGUGAAUACUCAGUGAGCUAUUAAAUAACUAUAUUUUAACAUAAAAACCCAUACGACUAUAAUGGGGAAAUCUGAACUAAAAGAAAAACCUGUCAGACGAAGAGGAAACCUAAACCAAAAAGCUCAACAAAUUGAGAAAAAAGAGGAAAAGAAUGAAGAGGAUACAAGUAAGCCCCCUGGGCUAAAGUUUGGACCUAUGCCAACUUUUCAAAACCAAAGAGUGUUCACUAGAGGAGUAAUGAUAUUGGCAACGCUGGCAAUUGUAUAUUUCACUUCUAAAAGUCAUAAAGAAACAAUUUUAGCAUCACAGAAAGAAUUAAUUCAGGGCAGAGGUCAAAAUUUCCCCUGUUCUGCUGAUUACUCCGAAGAGUUGACCGAAUUUCCAGGUUGUGUACCUGAGAGAUGUGGAAGGCAUGUGUCCGAUCGUCUGGUGACAGCCGCAGAAGCUGAACAGCUGUUAGAUAUUGGACGUCGGGGCCUAGCGCGAGGUAGUCCAGCAGGCGGCGCAACAAUACUGGACUUGCACUCUGGUGCAUUGUCAUACGGAAGAAACUUCAUCAAUGUGUACACUCUUAACGACACUGAGCAACUUUUUUCAGUCAAGGACUUUGCUAUUUAUAGGGUGGUGAGGACUAAGAUUCAACAUGCUGUGGCUCAUCAGUUUGGGAUAUCAGCUGAUUCAUUGUAUCUGACUCAUCCAACCUUCUUCUCACAGCUGACUGACUUGCCUCCUGUCACCAUCCAUGACGAGUACUGGCAUCCCCACGUUGACAAGGACACUUAUGAUGCUUUCCAUUACACGUCUCUUCUGUACCUCAACAACUACCAACAGGACUUCAAAGGUGGUCGGUUCAUAUUCUUAGAAGCUGACAAUUCCACUGUGGUUGUAGAACCAAGGAAAGGCCGAGUGUCCAUGUUCACCUCCGGGAAGGAGAACCUUCACCACAUUGAGCCGGUGACCUCGGGUGAACGGUUCGCCCUCACUGUCUCAUUCACCUGUGAUAAGGAUUUCGCCAUCAGUGAUCCCUCUCUCCCCACCACCAGUUGAUAACUGUGAUAACCUGUGCACUUUCAACUGUUAGUGUAGUAUUUAGUGUUUACUUUGUUGUUAAUCAUAAGACUGAAGUUUGAUGAGUCGAGAUAAUCUCCUAAAACACCCUCACCACUUUUAUUCAGCACAGUAUUAUUAGUUUAAUUGGUCAGGAAUAUGUUGGAUGUAGAACAUAAGGCAAAUCUAUGUGACUGAUUUAGGAGCCAAAAUUAAAAUAUGCAGUAUAACAAAUUUGCAGUGUUAAAUGGUUCAGAAACAUAAUCUUUCGACUUUUAAAUUAAUUGAAACAUAAUGUUAUGCUGCCCUAAUUAUAUAAUAAUACCAUUGACUUUAUAUCUACACAGAGAUGUAGAUAUAUAGGUGUAGAUAUAAAGUUAAUGAUAAUACCUAUAAUACUUGUUCAAACCAAUAAUAUUAAAAAUAAUUUGUUUACCAAAAAUAUAUUUACUAUGUUUAAUUUUUUUUUUAGAGGUUGGCUGUGUCUUUUAACCUUACAAUUGCCUGUCCAAAUGGACCUCAAAGGUCUGUAGAGUUUGUGUGUUUCUUCGUGAAGCCUGGGUGUGAGGGGCUGUAGUGGCAAGUGGGGAGCCGAGCGCGAGAGGGGAAGUUGACGUCUUCGUCCUAUUCGGCUACUAGUCUGACAAAAGACAUUUUUCGGAGUUCGGACCAUGGUGCAGAUGCGGUUCAGGUUGCUUCCACGAGUUGUGUGAUCAUAUUAAUGUAGGCUAAUUAAGGUUUCCAUAACAAAAAUGAGUAUUUUCAAUAAAUAUCUAAUUUUUUACCUCAUUAAGAGGAAUAUGAAAAUGUUUAUGAACAGAGGAUAGACUAUUUUAUUAAAUCUUUAUAUUAAAACUUAGAGUAGGCUAUUUUUAAUACUUCAAAAAUUACUCUUUAUUCUUUAUUGAGCCAAAGAUUUUUCGUGAGCAAAAACAAGUAGGCCUACAAAUAAUGCAAUACUAUUAAACAAAACUAUGGCUUAAACAUACAAGAAAAAAUUGUAUUUUCACACCACUGUAAACUUAAAAAUAAAAAAAUUAAGUGUUAAGAUAAUCAAACUGGCAUCCCAAAUGUUUUUGAAAAAGAUUGUAUCCGCGAUGGUGCUAGGACAGGGUGAGAGCGCAGACUGAUUUUCGGCGUACCCCCACCCCUACAAAACCGGUCCAGAGCCACUCUAACCACCUACCCCCAGGCUUCACCAGGAAACGUAUAAGCUCUAAACAAAGAGCAUAACAAAAAGUUUUAUUUUUUAUUUUAGGCCUACAAAAUUGCAGUAAUAUCCAAAGAAAAUAAUAUACUUUUUGUGUUUUUUAAACGUUUUAUGCACUUGCUUGUUUUGUUUUAUAAAAUAAAAUGUUCUUGUUAGUGGGUUGUUAGUAGCAAACAUGAAAAAAGUACUUAUACAUUCCUCUACUUCUGUUUGCCUCAAAGAUUCAUAUGUUUUUACUAUUUAUUGCUUAGUAGACCAUCAUAAAUGCAAGUUCCAUUUCCAACUUGAUGUUAAGUAUGUAGACGUAAUAGUCAAUGACUGUACUUAAUUAGUUAGUACCGAUAGGUAAGCGAAAAUGUACAGUAAACCCUUAUUAAUUGGUAUUACUUUGGUUCCUUGUGUCCUAUGAUAGAAUAAAAUAAAAUAAUUUUUUGUAAUGUAAUUUUUCUGAAGACGAAACGUGGGAAAUUACACCACCUAACGAUAAACGAAGAUAAAAACCCCCCUACACAUUUAGCUGGUUACAUUUAUAUGAAAAAGGAUGUUCUCAAGACCAAUCUCACUCAUACUUUUGCCAAUUAACUUGUCAGCAUGUAUCUUAGAUAAGCAGUGGGAUGGGAACAACCUAUGAUACCUCAUGGGGGAAUGACAAAAGUUGCAACAACCUUUGGGGGUUGUACCAUUUUGUUUGGAGUUAAAAGACCAUAAUAUUUUUAAUUUUUAUCAGAGGCGCAUGACUGACAAAGAUUAAUGACUUUUUUUUAAAUCUGGUGUCAAAUGGCUAUAGAGAUUAAGCCAAGAUUGUAUUGAUGAAGGUUUUACUGUACUUUUUUUCUUGUUACCAAGUCAAAUCGGGUAAGUGUAGUACCUAUAUAAAUAAUUGGUUGGUCCAGCAUUCUGAUGGUUUAUGUUAUUUUACAUUAACUAGUCCAUAAACUUUCAUAAUAUAUCAGUAAAGGCUUUAGUAAUUUAAAAACCGUAUUUAAAAAAUGUUUUACCAAUCAACUUUUGAUAAAUGUAUAAGUUUUUUUCAAAAAUAUUUUACCAAUACUCAGAGGGGUUUUAUUUUACGAUAAAACCCAUAAAAAUAUAAACAUAAAGAAAAAUUAUUUUACACAGUUUUAUCUUUAAUGAUUAUUGCUAUGUACAAAAAAAUUAAGUCUCACAGACUGAAGACACUAAAUGUGUGAUAAUUUUCAAGACACCACUCUAGGGUUAAAGUUUCUACAUUAGCUAUUUAAAACUGAUGUCAUUCAACUGUUUAAUUUGGUAUUCAUAAUUAAAAUAUUGUACAGUACUCAUGUAUUACAUUUAGUGUUUGAGUAUCUAUAUUUCAAAAUUUUAACUUGGAUAUAAAAUAAUGGAAAUAAACUCUCAAAGAAACUAAUUUGCGUUUUAAAAUUAUCAAUCAAUAUUAAAUAAUGGCAAUAUUAAUAUAUUAUAUAUAUAUUAAUUAAUUUAUGGUCUUCAUUUAGCUCAUAAAUCAAAUAUUUGUCAACUUCAGUUAAUAGGAAAUCAGAAAUUGUGCUGCCGUAUUUUACAACUUGUGUUUUAAACAAGAGCCAGAAAAAAUACAGAGAAUUAAUUAUAUAGACUAAAACCUAGGCUCUUGUUACAUCCUUUAGAAAUUGUUUUAAUGUUAUCAACACAAAACAAUGAUUUUUUAAAUCUUGUAAACAUAACUUAAUGCUCAAAUUUCAGUUGUAAAAAUUUUUACUCUAUUAUUUAAUGCAUGAACAGAUUUAAACAAAGUAAAAAUGGUUUUAGACUUUCAUCAGCUCUUUUCAUAAUGAUAACAUAUAAUGAUUUGUACAAAAUUUUCAAGCCAAACUAAAAAAAGAUUUCUUACUUUUACGAAACCCCUGAGUACAGAUGGACGAUUUUGCUUUCAUCAUUUGAUCUAAUUGACAAAUUUUAUAAAAUCUGUAAGUAUCCUAAAUGUUAAACUAAUAUAUUCAUUAAAAACUAUACACUGUCUUUUAAAUACUUACCAAUGGUAUGUAAACAAUAGAUAAAAUA